UAUAAAUCUUCUUCCUUCACUUGACCCUCCUCCUUCUCUCACGUGACUCUUCACACGUGCCUCCUUUUCUUCCCUCUCCUUCUUCACCACCGCCAUUAAUACAAAACAGUUGGGCAAGUCAUUUUCCUGAUUCCUCUCUCUCUCGCGAGAAAGCUCCAAUCAAAGCAAAAUCAAUGGAAUCUCUCAUCAACCCUAGCCAUGGCGGAGACUCUGACUCUCACUCUUCUUCUCUCGACAGUCUCAAACCAAGCGUAUUAGUCAUCAUUCUCAUCCUUCUCAUGACUCUCCUCAUCUCCGUCUCCAUUUGCUUUCUCCUUCGAUGUCUCAAUCGCUGUGGUCACCGCUCGCUCCUCCCUCCUCCGUCUUCCUCCUCCUCCUCCAUCCCUUCCGAUUCACGCCGAUUCUCCGGCCAUCGAGUUUCUCCAGCAACAGAGCGACCUUCAGUGCUCGACUCGCUUCCGAUUUUCAAAUUCUCCUCCGUCACUCGCCGAUCUACCUCCUCCAAUUCCGGUGACUGCGCCGUCUGUUUAUCGAAAUUCGAACCGGAGGAUCAGCUUCGUCUUCUCCCUCUCUGUUGCCACGCCUUUCACGCCGAUUGUAUCGAUAUAUGGCUAGUCUCUAAUCAGACUUGUCCGCUUUGCCGUUCUCCUCUCUUCGCCACCGAUUCCGAUCUCAUGAAAGCUACUCACACCUCCGCGUCUUCUCUCGGCGACGGCGGAGGAGAAAACAGCUUCCGCCUCGAAAUCGGAUCCAUCAGCCGUCGCAACAAUCCGAUUCCGGAUUCCGGCGAUCAGCACCGAUCUUACUCAAUCGGCUCGUUCGAUUACAUAGUCGACGACGUCGAAUCCGAAAUCUCAGAGUCUAAUUUCAACCGCAUAAGUACAUCGGGGAAACACGAAGAAUUAAGACCAGCGGUUGCGGUUACGUCAAAUUCAAAUCCGGCGUUUGAAGCGAGUUUGGCGGCGGAGAUAGGUAAUGAUGGUUCUAGAAGCUGGCUCAAGGAUUACGUGGACAGGCUCUCACGAGGGAUAUCGUCGCGUGCAAUGUCGUUUAGAAGCUCCGGUAGAUUUUUCACCGGGAGCAGUCGUCGGAGCGAGGAAAUGACGGUGGUGGAUUUGGAGGCGAAUCAUGCCGGAGAAGAGAUAAGCGAGCUUUUCCGGUGGCUCUCAGGGGUGUGACUGUGAGUGAGAGUAUAUGACAUUUUUAUUCAUUCACUUCGUUUAAGAGAAAAGAAACAGAGCCAUAUACUUUUGGUCUGUACAUAUGAACAGUAUAUUUGAAGACUUUCUUCAAUUAUGGAUUUUUUUUU